AUGUCACAUAGCAAGCGCAACACCUCCCGUGCCGUCUUCACGUCCUACGAGCGAGAGCAAGCGAAGAAGGCAUGGGGUGCCAACUCGGCCCGCCUGUCGCGCGAGUCCAUGCUGCCUUUCUCGGCGUGUAGACUCUGUCUCGAGCCUGCAGAAGAUCCCGUCUCUUGCACGCACGGCGACAUCUUCUGUCGAGAAUGUGCCCUGUCCAAUAUCUUGGCUCAGAAACAGGAUAUCAAGCGACUGGAAAAGGUGCGGGAGCAUGAAACGCGAGACAAGGCAGACGAGGACGCCAGAAGAGACGCCGAGGCCAGAGACCGCGAGAUCAAAGAGUUUGAGCACAUCAUGAGUGGUGUGGCUUCGUCAGCGCCCGCCAAUUCAAGCGUGCCCGACGCAACAACUGCCCAGCCAAGCAGCACAGAUCGCCCCGGGAAGCGCAAGUUCGAGAUGGACGAUGAAGAGCUGCAGCGCAUAGCUGCUGGAGACCGAGCCAAGGCACGCAAAGCUCUCGACGACGAAAAGAAUGCGAAGCCCAAACUGCCCUCCUUCUGGACGCCUUCCAUAACGCCAACCUCGAAUACCAAAGACGCCCUGCACGAUAUAGUCAAGAAGGCCAAGACCACCCCGACAUGUCCGGCUUCCCAGCAGAGCAACUCUCACCCAUACUCUCUAGCCACCCUGGUCACGGUGCAUUUCACAGAGGACGAGGAUGAAAAGACGCGCAAAAAACAACGCGUCUGCCCGUCGUGCAAGAAAGUUCUGAGCAACGCAUCCAAAGCUGUACUCGCCAAACCUUGUGGGCAUGUUGUAUGCAAGAACUGCGUCGACAGGUUCAUGCGCCCCACAGGCCAUCACGAUCCUCAUGCCGACGACUUCGAUCCGGAAAGUCUGCGAUGCUAUGUUUGCGACGCCGAUCUUGUCGACAAGAAGCCCGCCAAAGACAAGGGUGAGAAAUCCAAGAAGAAAGACAAGGAGAAGAUCAAGCCUGGCCUAGUAGACUUGCGCAGUGAGGGCACGGGCUUCUCGGCUGGAGGAGUCAACCAAGUCCAGAAAUCAGGCGUCGCCUUUCAAUGCUAA